CACUUCCCCACUCCCUGCUUUUUCUUCCCCUUCUCACUUUCCUCUUUCCUAUUUCCUCUAAAUUUCCCUUCUGUCUCUGCUCCUCCUCCAAUUCUUCUUCUUCUUUGAAAUCACAAGGAAGUCUUUCUAAUGGCAACACUACCAGGUCAAGGAGAAUCCUUAGACCCCCUCACAUACAAGACAUCGGUCCUCAAAGUCUCCGUCCACUGCGAAGGUUGCAAAAGGAAAGUAAAAAAAGUACUUCUUGGCGUUCAUGGUGUUUAUGCUGUAGACGUCGACAUCAAGCAACAAAAAGCCAUAGUAAAUGGCAAUGUAGACGCAGCGACUUUGAUCAAGAAACUGAAAAAGUCUGGUAAACAUGCCGAGUUGUGGCCAGAAAUAGUAGCUGAAAAGAAGGAAAAAAAGUCGCACAAAUCAAAGAACAAGGAAAAACCGAUUGACCCCGAAACCAAUACUCAAGCUAGUGACGAUCGUAGCAGUCCUAAGAAGGAGAAACCGACAGUAAAAGUGGAAGCAAGUGAAAGUGGUGCUAGUUCAGCUAAAAAUAGUGAAGGUGGUGGUGGUGCAGUAAAAUUUGAGGACGGCGCUGCCAAAAAUGGUGGCGGAGGUGGUGGUGAAGUGGCGGAGUCAAAAUCUGAGGGGAAGAAACCGGAAACCGGAUCGGCCGGCAAACAGUUGCCUGUGACUGACAAAAAAGGUGGUGAAAGUGAAGGCGGUGAUAAGGAAAGUGAUGGUGGUAGUGACAAUAAUGGUAAAAAAAAGAAAAAUGAGGAGCAAAAAAAUCCGAUUGAAGGUAAACCAUCAAGUGGUGGUGGGCCAGCGAUUACGAGAUUGGAAAAUCAGCAUGCUGGCCCACCACCUCCGGUUAGUUUAAUCUCUUCACGUCAUCACCACCACGGGUAUCAAUACCCAUCUCAAUACUACGCACCAUCAUCAAGUGGUGGUGCACCCGAUCAUUAUGUUGGCCCGCCUCCAGUUAAUCUCAGCCCUCCACGUCAUCAUGGUUACCAAUACGCUGUGAGUUACAAUACAUCGUAUCCUACAAGCAGUUAUACGACAUCGUACUAUGCCUCACCACCACCGCAAUCAUCCGCUUAUGUGCAUCCUGGUCCAGAGACAGAACCUCCACCAUCUGAUUUCGACUCUUAUCCACGACAACCGUUAGAUUCGUUUGAGAUGUUCAGUGAUGAAAAUCCAAAUGGGUGCUUCAUUAUGUGAUGAGGGGCAUGAUUGGCAUUCCAAAUUAUGGGGUAUACUAAACUUAUACUACUUGUAUAUGUACGGGAAUACCUUCAUAUUGUAUGUGUAUAUGAGUGGACUGGUAGAGUAAUAACUAAGGGAAAAAUGACUGGGAUUUAGGGUUCUAUUCUAGUUAAUGGAAAUGUUUUUGUUUAGUUAUUUACUCUUUUGGUCCAAAAAGUUGCCUCCUAAUGCUAGUUGUUUGUUGCUUUUUCUCUCU